AAGAGCACCCACUCCUCGUCCCCGCCCCGUGACGCACGCAGCACGUACGUUCCGCACCGCUAACCUAUUCAGUAAAUAGGUGUGGUCCGCGACCUUCCACCGACCGCUGCCACCAAAGCGGACGCACAAACGCACGUGCAGACACGUACACCACAUCGCCGCGGCCAUUACGCAUGCACAGUUUGUCAGUUUGGAUUCGGGCCCGAUCCUGUGUGCGCAUUCCAAUUCCUGGCGUAGUUCCGGUUCCGGGUGGCGAAGGGAGUAACUGGCCACCAUGCGUCUCUCCGUUGUCGCUGCCAUUUCUCACGGGCGAGUGUAUCGCCGCCUGGGCCUGGGCCCCGAAUCCCGCAUCCAUCUACUGCGCAAUCUGUUGACGGGACUAGUGCGCCAUGAGCGUAUCGAGGCUCCCUGGGCGCGCGUCGACGAGAUGCGCGGCUAUGCUGAGCGGCUCAUUGAUUACGGGAAGCUGGGAGACACCAAUGAGAAGGCGAUGCGCAUGGCUGACUUCUGGCUAACGGAAAAGGACCUGAUCCCAAAGCUGUUCCAGACACUGGCCCCUCGCUUCAGCAGUCAAACUGGGGACUAUACAAGGAUGUUUCAGAUUCCAAACCGUGAAAACCUGGACCGUGCCAAGAUGGCAGUGAUUGAAUACAAAGGGAAUCCCCUCCCUCCAUUGGUGCUGCCACGUCGGGACAACAAUCGCACACUCCUCAAUCAAUUACUUGUGGGCCUUCGCCAGGACCUGGAACAGAGGCCCCCAGCUUCUACUGCAUAAAGCCACAAAGGGUGUAGUUCAGAGCAGCACAGCCCAGAAGACUGAGUUCUUGUUGGGGUAUUCCAGUCUGGUAGUUUGUGAGGGCAAACAACCUGUAUCACCUUCCUAUCUCUGACUUCCCUGUAACUUCAGGGUCACUAUCUUCCCUUGUUACUAGGGAACCUCAGGCUAAGCCACACUGUGGACACAGGAACAGAGCAAGAGAUAAAUGCAUGUGUGGGGCAGGCCAUUGUCCCUGGAGUCAUUCUUUUUUGCCCUGAGGAAGGAAGGACUGACUGAUAGGCUUCAGUUUGUACAAUAGAUAGUUCCUAUACAGUU